AUGGUGAAAACAGAUGUGCGGAGGGAUUACUAUGCGGACUUGGCUUUGACGCCGAGCGCCGAGUCGGAGGAUAUAAAGAAGCAGUUCCGAAAGCUAGCACUCAAAUAUCACCCCGAUAGGAACCCAGGCCGGGAGUUGGAAUUUAUAUCGAAGUUCCAGGCCAUUCAGGCCGCCCACGAAAUCCUCAGCGACCCGCAACAACGGUUGAAAUAUGACACGGAUCGGUUACGCGCUGGGUAUGGAAAGCUUUACGGGCCACCGAAACCCAGUGCCGCAAGGAAAACUGCCACGAGUAACUUCACCUCGACGCCUUCACCGAAGCCUCCGACUGCGAAACAGCCCUUCUCUGCGCGACCCCAAUCGUACCACAGUGGUCCGUCCUCCGGCGCGCAGCGGUAUGCUAGUUAUGCUCGCGCGGCACCCAAGCAGCCUUGGGAGAAGACAAAGGAUGAGGGACAGACCCGUGCUGACGCCUACCGUGGGUUCCAAGAAAUGAAGGGCAAUGGUAUGCCGGGAUGGAACCAAUUUGACCCUCGUACCGGACGAUCGGCGUUUCCGGGGGCUACGCCUCGACCUACUGCAGCUUCUGGGGGCCAGCAACGACCCAAAUCCGCCUACGAGUAUUUCAAAACGCCCCCGAAACCCUCGACCCCGGACCCUUCGCGUGCGCAAUCCGCUCGGAAGAAGCAGGGUUUCGCCCCGCGAGCGGCCGCCGGUGGUGAUGAACCCAUGGCCUCCAGCACGGCCUCCUACUCUAACGCGUAUCGCGGCGAGCGUUCGCACACCCCUAAUGUCUUCGGGACUGCCCCGUCUCCGACAGCCAGGAAAGCAGCCGCCGGAUUCUCCAGUCGCGCAGACACCCUGCGUACCCCGGAAUUCGAGCGCGCUAGUAGACAAUAUUCUAGUACGGGAGGCGAGCGGACUGUCUUUUCGAGUACGGGCUUCGGGCGGUCUUCGAGUGUUCGCGAAUCAACUGGAAGUCCUAAACCAUAUUCGCGGACGAAUCCCCCCAGCCCGACACCGCCUGAGUCAGGCAGGCAUCGGAGUGCUAGCCCCAAGUUCAAAACGGACACAUCCCGCAAUUACUCGUCUACGAGCUCGAGUGAGACCGACGAUGACGAUAUAUUCCCUGCGCACAAACCCAAGGCGGUUCCAAAGAGCAGGCUUCGUCCUCAUCAGAAAUUCUCUGGUUUCCAUACGCAGCAGCCAGGGGGUGCUGCCAAUAUCCAUGAAUUCGAUGGUACAGCACCACCGGGAAAUGUGUUCGGUGCUCGAGCCCAAACACCUUUCGAAUCCACUCCAGGACCCAAAACCGACAAUAUACCACCUACUGGAACUUUCAAAAGCAGCAGCCAUGACGAUCUCAGGAAGCCCUUCUCCGCAGAUAGCUGGGGAGGCUUCGAUUUCUUCAAACCAACACCACCCGGUCAAGAACCCGCUCAGUCCCCAACCAGGCUCGACAGUCGAGGACGGACCGAAACCAGGAACAGCCCUAAACCGGGGAGUGAUUCGGCAGCAGGAGCAUCAUCCACUCACGAAUCAUCCCGUUCAGGAUCUACCAGCCAGCAGAAAUACCCUCCUUUCCCGGAGGGCAAGUUCCAUGCGGACGACUGGGCCCGGAAAUUCAGUGACAGUGGUUGGGCCAUGCCAAAGGAUGACGAAUCUAAGAACCCACAGCAAGCUGCGAAUGCUCAGCGCCAGAAGAGCCCGAGGAAACAAAAUGCUCGCCCGGGAGCUAAAGUACGGCCAACACCGCAGCCGGCUACCGUCGCUACGGAGGCCGAAGAGGCCGAAUCCACCGUUAAUGAAAGCGACAAGCCGGAAACUCCAAAGACUGGAUCCGGACCGGAUGAUGUCGAGGCUAUGGAUCUUGAUGAUGAACUUCCUGCGAACACGGCCCCGCCCACGGGUGCGGGUACAGAUACAAAUGUAGAGCCGGGACCAGCCAAGGGUGCUGGAAAAGAAAACCCUUCGCAGACCCAGCCGGCUUCGAGUAAGAUGGAGAAUUCAACAGAGAGCAAACUCUUCAACCUGGAUGGACUACGUGAAGCAGCGCCGUUCACCUCUACGAGUAAUGGAGGCAUUGAUGAUCUGCAAGACAUCCACGCCAGUCUACCGUUCGAAUCCCGUGCCAAAGCCUCCAAAACAACGAUGAAUGACAUCCGUGUUCCCAAGCUCGUGUUGCCCAAUCCCCCGAAACGCCCGCAGCCGCCGGCGCUGGUGCCCAUGAGUCUAGGAUCCGAGCGACUCGGGCUUUCGCGUGCUGCUUGGGACCGACACCUCUAUGAGAUGGAAGUCUAUAUGCGACGGUGGAGCGCUUUCAACAAGGAAAUGCUUCAUCAUUUCGUCGCGCGCCAGGAGACUCUCGACACGGGAAUGGCUCCACACUGGUUGGGUGCUGUGGGCGACUCGGCCGGUGUGAAAGUCAGCAAUGGGGAUGGCCAGUAUGACUCUAAGGAGGCGCAGGAGGAAGACGAAGAUGACACCAAGGUCCCCCAAAGCAGCAAAUGUGGAUUCAACGGUUACGUCCGCUCGCUCGAGCAGGAUAGGCAGGCCCAAAAGCACUGGGAAGUGGCGAGGGAGAUGCACAUGGAAUGCAUCAUCGCGCACGGACAGCUGCGAGAUUCGCUUCUGAACGGUAGUCGGCUUUUUUGA